UAAAUCUUUGUGACGUCUGAAGAGUGAUUGUGAAGCUCUGUUUCAUCAGUCACACAGCUGGUUUUAUUAAUCAAUGUUUAUUUAGUGAAUUCACUUGGUGUGUGUGUGUGUGUUCAUCUUCUCCACUCUCGUUUUAAAAACUUUAGUGAAAGAAGCUGAACCAGAAUACAAACCUUCCUGUGAUGGAGGAAAUAUUUGUCCUUUUACCACAGAUGUUCUGUCAGUGUGGAAAACCCUUUUUCACCUGGUGCUCAGAGAUCCUCUCGUCCAAUCAGAGGGCGUCACGGCUCGCUGGCCCCCUCCUGAGUCGUGGUCGAGGGCUCCUGGUUCCGCCGAGAUGGACAGACGAGGACGGAGAAGAGGAGGAGGAGGAGGAGGAGGGAUGAAGGCGAGUUCUGUCGGUCGUCCUCACGGUGACUCAGCAGGUCUGCAGGUUUAUAAAGAGGCGGCGGCGCUCAGUCCGUCACCACAGAGAGAGAAUGGCCUGGCUGCUCCACAUCGCCUGCUUCCUGGUCUGCUGCCCGGAGCUGCUGCAGGGAAAAGCUUCAGAGUACCAGCUGGAGUCGGAGACCCUGAGCCGAUGUGAGUCGCUAAGGGGCGUGGCUGUUGCAAAGCAACAGGGUGACGUUCCUCACUGCACGGAGGAUGGCAGGUUCAGACCUGUGCAGUGCAGUGGGCGGGGUCAGGAGUGUUGGUGCGUGGAUGCUGAAGGUCAGGAGGUCGUCGGGACUCGAACCAGCGGCUCUGCUCCUCCUCAAUGUGCGUCUCCCUGCCAGCUGCAGUCGGUCCUGCGUUGUUCUCCUUCAGGACUCUUUGAGCCGGUUCAGUGUGACUCCAGCAGGGGGCAGUGUUGGUGUGUGGACCAGGACGGCAUGGAGCUCUACGGGACCAGACAGAACGGGACUCCUCGCCGCUGUCCUGGCGGCUGUGAGGUGAGGUCCAGGCGUCUGCUCCACGGCUCCGGGUCUCCUUCUCCUCCUCAGUGCGCCGAAGACGGCGGCUUCCUGCCGGUCCAGUGUCGGUUCAUCAACAUGACCGACAGAGCAGAGCUGGACCUGCUGGACACCUUCAACAGGUUCCCAGAAGCCUUUGAGACGUUCAGUAGUUUCAGGAAGUUUUUCCCGACGGUUUCCUCGUACUGCUUCUGUUCUGACAGCAGAGGCAGAGAGCUGGACAACACAGGUGUGGAGCUCCUCCUGUCUGAGGUCUACGACUCGGCCUUCUCCGGUCUUCGGUCCGGUCGCUCCUUCUCUCAGACCAACAUCUACAGAGUCCUGCGGAGGAGGAUGCUGGGAGUCCGGCUCGCCCUCACCGGACACUUCAGAUGUCCGUCUCCCUGUGAGGAGGAGCGGCGGGCAGCGAUGGAGGCGUCCAGCGUCUUCGUCCCGUCCUGUGAGACCGGAGGAGCCUUCGCCUCCAGACAGUGCCAGCAGGGGGGGCAGUGCUGGUGUGUGGACCCCACGGGGAGGGAGCUUCCUGGGACACGACAGCAGGGAGACACCCCGGUCUGCAGUUCAGGUCUUGCCGACUGUCCCUCUCGGCGUCGCCUGGCUCUGUCGCGGCUCUUCUCCGGUCCCGUUGAUCCGCCCAUCCUGGCCUCCUCUGGCAGAUCUCCGGCCUCCUGUCUCCCCCUCCUCCGUCCUCUCGUGGAGCUCCUGCCGGUGGAGGCGGAUCCGACCUCCUUCCUGUCUCAGCUGGUCGAAGUCCUCCACGGUCUCUUCCCCUCGGUGGGCGGGGCUCUGCAGGCUCUGGCUCGCUCCUCCCCCCGUCGCCUCCAGGAGAACCUGUUCGGAGGGAAGUUCCUGAAGAACGCCGCCUCCUUUAACUUCAGCGGGGCGAUAGGAGCUCGAGGAGCCCUGGGUCUGGACCGGCUCUCCUCUCAGAGCGUCACCGUCAGCCUCCGGAAGAACCGGGACCUGGUCCUGUCUGUCAGCAGGGCUCUGGAGGACCCGGCCUUCCUCUCGGCCCUCCAACAGACACUGAGGGAGCUCAGCAGCUCGCAGUCUCUGGACCAGGUUCUGGCUCCUCUGCUGCGUUCCUGCUCCGGAGACGGGGAGGAGGACACGGCGGCCGUCUUUGUCCCGAGCUGCACGUCCAGCGGCGGUUUCCAGGAGGUCCAGUGUCUGGGUGGAGAGUGCUGGUGUGUCGACGCUCAGGGUCAGGAGGUGGCGGGGUCGCGUGUCGUCGGCCGUCGACCUCGAUGUCCGUCCCGCUGCGAGAGAGAGCGAGCGAUGGCGCUGAAGGUGAAAGGAAAGCUGGCGGCCGGGGCUGAGAUCCACGUCCCGGCGUGCUCUGAGGACGGAGACUUCCUGCCGCUGCAGUGCGUGGGACCACGCUGCUUCUGUGUGGACGCUGAGGGCAGAACAGUGUCUGCGGGGCCAGCAGGGGGCGCCGUCACCUGUCCAGAGAGAAGGACGCAGAAGCUUCAGUCCUCUGCAGGUCAGUGUUCUCGGGCGUUAGCUGAGGUCACGGCGUUCAGACAGGAAGUGAGGAGCGUCGUCACAGUCUCCAACUCCUCCCGCUUCCCUCUGGGAUAUGGAUUCCUAUUGGCUGAAGGUCUGCGUCUGACCCCAGAGGAGCUCCAGAUCAGCCAAUCAGAGGAGGAGCUGCAGAUCUCCGAUAGGCUGCUGAGCCGCUCUAAUGCUGCUCUGCGACUGGCUGCUUUCUCCACCGUCCGGAUGUUCCUGCCUCCUCAGCGUCGAUCGUACCGGCUGUUCACUCCCCAGUGUGACGCCGACGGACGCUGGCUGCACACACAGUGUCACCACAGCACAGGUCAGUGUUGGUGUGUUGAUGAAGAUGGAGAGUACGUCCCCGGGUCUCUGACCGGCCGCUCGCUCCGCCUGCCGAAAUGUCUGACUCGCUGUCAGAGAGCUGAGGCUCACACGCUGCUCUCUGGUUGGAUGAAAGGAUAUGACCUCAUCACCACUUCAGCUUACCAACCAAAGUGUGAGGAGGAUGGUCGUUUCUCGGUGCUGCAGACAGGCGGCGCUGCAGGCUGGUGUGUGAACCCUCUGACCGGAGAAACCAUACAGGCGGCAACAAGGAGCCCUGCAGGACAGCUGACAUGUCCCAGCUGGUGUGAGCUGCAGGGUUACCAGUGCCGCCCCGACGGCUCCUUCGUCCCGCUGCAGUGUGAUGCCACUUCCUGUUGGUGCGUCUCUGAGGACGGGCAGGAAGUGGGCGGCACCCGAACGCCUCGCCAGACAGGACGGACGCCGUCAUGUGACCGUCCUCUCUGUCCCGACUACGCCGUUACCCAUGGUGCACUGGUCUGCCGCCCACCGGCCGCCGGCCGUCAGAGCUGUGAUCUCGUCUGUGACCGUGGUUACCAGAACUCACUUCCUGCCAGCAGCUUCCUGUGCGCGACGGAGAGUCGGCGAUGGGACAACAGAGCGCCGAGAGGAGCCUGUCAGAUCUCUCAGCCUCUGCAGUCGGUGUCGGUCUCUCAGCUCUGGACGUUGUCCUCAUCCUGCUCUGAGAUCAGCAGUUUACAGUCUCUGUUGUUCAACAUGAUGACCAGCAGGGGGCUCUGCUCUGCACAGCUUCCCAUGUCGGGUCGCUCGGUGUCGCUGUGUGACGACUCGUCGGUGCGUCUGCAGUGUGACGGCGAUGGCGACACGGUGAAGUUAACCGUCAGGCUGACCGCCAGCCUGUCUGACCUGCCGACCUCUGACCUCCCCGACCUCCACGACAUCGGUCUGUUUCUGAACGAGUCCAGACUUCUGGAGGGGGUGCAGGGACUUCUGGGUAAAAUCCAGUUCAUGUCAGAACCCAAACUGGUUUCAAUGACAACACCAAGCUUUGGCUGUUCCCCUGGUUACCGCCUGAACAGUGACGGCGAAGGCUGCGUCGUUUGUCCUGCUGGGAGUUUCUCCAGGGAGGGGGCGUGUCUUCUGUGUCCUCAGGGAACCUAUCAGGAUGAAGAAGGGCGGAGCUUCUGCAGCGAGUGUCCCAGAGGCUCCUCACCUGCUGGAGCGUCAUCUGUCAAUCAAUGUGUGACAGAGUGUCAGAGGCGGGGCUUGAGGUGUUCAGAGCGAGGUGACUUCCUGUCAGCGCAGCCCGACCUCCCGUCCGGCAGGUGGAGGUGUUUCAACAGCGAGGGGGCGGAGCUUGAGUGGACCACCAGUGAAAAGCCUCUGACUGAUGAGGAGUGUGCAGUUCUCAGCAGGUUUCUGGCUGUUCCUGGAUCAGAUCUGAUCGUCGGAGCCGAAGACAUUGAAGUCCUGCAAACGAUGACCUCUGACCUCACAACCUGCGUCCAAGCGUGUGCAGCAGAGCCGUCCUGCCACCACGUGGCGCUGUUCAACAGGCAGACUCGCUGUGAACUGUACAGCACGCACACCCUGAACACACACUGCAACACCUCCACGCAGACCAGUGGGUUUCUGGGUAAUCCUCAGGCCGAGCUGUUUGAUUGGCUGAGCUGCUCUCUGAGAGUGAGGGGCGGAGCUUCAGACCUGCUGGUCAUCAGGAAGAAAGGGGCGGAGUCCUUCUCUUCCUUUGUGAGGACGAGGAUGACGAAGGCGGUCUCAGGUGUGUUCAGGACUCAGGUGUUCUCCUCCGGGCGGACGUCUCUCUCUGACGCUCACCGUUUCUGUCAGGACGGCUGCAGCCGCGACGCCUGCUGCGACGGCUUCAUCCUCAACCGGAACAGCCUGAACGGAGGUUCUCUGCUCUGUGGUUGGCUGAGAGCUCCGUCCGUCUUGCUGUGCGGGGACCAGGACUGGGAUGUGAUUGGACAGGGAACAGCCAAUCGUACCUGUGGGGCGGGUCUGACCUACAACGAACAGCAGAGGAGCUUCGUGUUCGACUUCGGAGGACAAAAGUUCACCAUCACGGAUUCGGCUCUGCCGGCUGACAGUAAGGACAAGAAGGACUACCAGGCCUCCAUCGUCAGCUUCCAGGCCGUCUAUCUGAACACCGAUGCAGAGUCGGCAGCCGGUGCUUCUGGUUCCUCUUCCUGUGCAGCAGCAGAUCUCAGCGCUCCUCUGGACGCGUCGGUGCAGCGGAAGUUUGAGUCUCUGUCAGAGGACGACGUCCUCGUGGAUCCUCAGAGAAAACUCCCCACGCUCUCCUUCUGGCUCAACAAGAAGAACUACGACUCCCAGCAGGCACUGCUCUGGUGUCUCUCACGCUGCGACGUCGAGCGGCAGUGUUCGCUCGCCGACCUCAGGGACGCCGACUCAGCAGGUUUCUUCAGCUGCUCGUUGUAUCCGGACAGCAGAGUGUGUGGAGCGUACGACAAACCUCUGAGACGACCCUGUCGCCCCCUGCUGGACAGAACGCCCAACAACACCUACAGCAAGACAGUGGAUCUGUCCGGACCGGUGAAAAGUUUCUACGAGAGAGUUUCCUUCCAGAAGAUGGUUUCUUAUUCUGUUCGCAGCCGAGUGGGUCUGAGAGGAAACGCGCCGCUGUCUGAAGGGUUCACGGAGUGCGAGCGGCGCUGUGAUGAGGAUCCUUGUUGCCGCGGUAUCGGCUUCGUCCGAGACACCAAGUCACCAGGCGGGCCAGACGUGGUGUGUCUGUCUCUGAUCAGUCUCGGGGUUCAGACCUGCGGUGAGGACGACUCGACGACCUGGAGGACUCAGGACUGCAGACCGUCUGUAGUGAAGACUGCGCCGGACCCCUUCGGCUGGUACCAGAAACCAGUGAAUCAGUGGAGCUCCUCUCCUGCUCUCUGUCCUCCGUUCAACCUGCCGCCAACCAGCAACAACGUGUCUCUGGGUCAGUGGCGUCUCCUCUCCGAGUCAUCAGUCCUCGUCGACCCGUCGGUCUCCACGUAUGAUGUCAUCCACGUGAGUCGUGACAUCGCUGCCGACCGCGACGAGACGAGGGACUGGUGUCUCCAUGCCUGUCAGGAGGCGGAGUCUUGUGUUGCCGUGUCACUCAGCGAAGUGGAGUCCGCCACUCGCUGUGUCCUCUACCCCGACACCACAGCCUGCGGGUUAAGCUCCGCCCCCAGCUCAUCCAGCCCCGCCUCCUACUCCUGCAGGCUGGUCAUAAGAGAGCCCGCCACCCAGGUGUACCUGAGGACAGGCGAGCGGUCGGCGUUGGUUACGUCCUUCUCCAUCCCGGGUCACGGGACUUUGCAGGGCGCCGCCAUUGAAACAGCCGUUGGCUCAGAUAGGAAGAAGGUCGUCCAGUUCCUGGGAGUCCCGUACGCCCGUCCACCAAUAGGAUCCCUCCGCUUUGAGGUGGCUCAGCCGGCCAAUUGGACGGGAACCUGGGACGCCACCAAACCCCGUCCCAGUUGUAUCCAGCCAGGUGACGUAGAGUCUGCAGCCUCCGGUGAGGACUGUCUCUACCUGAACAUCUUCACUCCUGCUGCUCAGCAGAGGGGGCGUGUCCCAGUCCUGGUUUUCUUCUUCAACCCUUCGGCCAAUCAGAGCCCAGGACUGCUGGAUGGCUCCACCCUCGCCGCUGUGGGUAAUAUAGUCGUGGUGACGGCGAGCUACAGAACCGCCGCGCUGGGAUUCCUGAGUACCGGUUCGUCAGGUCUCCAUGGUGACUACGGUCUGUCGGACCAGGAGGCCGCGCUUCGUUGGGUUAACGCCCACAUCUCUCUGGUGGGCGGAGACAACAGGAGCGUGACCGUGGGGGCGGAGCGACGUGGUGCUGACAUCACCAGCCUUCAUCUCCUCUCCUCCUCCUCCUCCCCUCCUCUGUUCCAGCGUUUGAUGCUGAUGGGCGGUUCUGUCUUUUCCCCGUCGCUGCUUCAGACUCCGUCCACCUCCAGGCGUCAGGCGGUCGAUCUGGCCAAAGAGCUCGGCUGUGUGACCUCUGACCCCACCGACGACGACAAGACUGCCGCCUGCCUCAGAGCGACGCCUGUGCACACGCUCAACGCCGCUCAGACCAAGCUGUUGGCGGUCAGCGGCCCGUUUCAGUCCUGGUCUCCGGUCCUUCGGUCCGUCCCGCAGUCGUCCUUCCGCAGAGUCGACCUGCUGCUGGGAACGUCCGAACACGACGGUCUGAUCAGCAGAGCUCGCAGGAUAAAGGACUUCGAGGCUCUGCAGGGUCGAGCUGACGGUAAAACAGCGUUCUACGAGGCUCUGAGUCGCUCGCUGGGUGGAGCCACAGGAAAUGACCUGCUGAAAGAGGCGGCGGCCUGGUUCUACUCUCUGGACCACAGUCCCUCAGCUGCUGGAUACAACCUGUUCUCCAGAGCGCUCAACAACGCCACCAGAGACCUGUUCGUCAUCUGUCCCAGCCUGCAGAUGGCUAGCCACUGGGCUAACAGCAAAGCCAACGUCUUCCUGUACCACCAACCCGCCACCAGCUCUUCCAACAGGGCGGACGUGUUCGUCCCUCUGGAUGUUCAGUUUGUCUUCGGGUCUCCUCAUCAUCCGACGAGCUCUCAGCGUUUCACUUCCACUGACCGGCGCCUCUCUCUGGCCGUGAUGACCUACGUCUCCAGCUUCAUCCGGACCGGGAACCCGAACCCGUCACGUGUGUGGCCGGCGUCUGCGCUGCCCCGCUGGCAGCAGGUCCUGUCCUCUGAGGCUCCGCCCACCUACCUGGAGCUAAGCCCCGCCCUUCGACACCAGCGGGGUCUGAGUCAGAGCUCCUGCUCCUUCUGGAACCAACUGGGAACCAGACUGACCCGUCUGAGCGGUGAGUCGGGGGCGGAGCCUGUCCAGCCUUCGUUGACCGCUGAGCUCCCAGUGGCUGCACCGUCCAGCCAAUCACAGACUGAGAAAGACGCCUACAGCUAAAGUGUCGACAUCACAGGUUCCCGCCUCCAGAUGGUUUGAUCCUAAACAGCCGCUGUCAAAUUAAUCACCAAUAAAAAGCAUUUUAAACUCUC